AUGGCGAACACACUCGUUUUUGCCGUGGGCAUUGCCCUCUUUGCACAGAUGUCGCUAGGUCUUGAUUUUGCCGGAGACAUUGGGUUUGGUGGUGACCUCGGUGGCUCUUCGACACAUCUUGAUGGAGUUAUACAUGGAGACACUUUGGUCGUAGACAACUGUGACCCCAACGACCCCAAUUCUUGUGGGCAUGGCCAGUGCUGCGUGAAAGAGGGUAUGAUGUACAUUCCCGAAGCCCCGGGUCCAAAGCCUGCUUAUCGACUCAGCUGUAAGCCAUUGGCUACGGAGGGUCGUUUUUGUAUGGCCUCCAAAACCACAGAGAUGUGUCCGUGUUCUGCAGGCCUCACCUGUAAAACCACUCUUGGUUCAUUUGGUCACUGUCAUCAGUAA